UUCACGUUGCUCCUAUACUAUCUGGCUGCUAUAACAAAGCUAUAAAAGCGGCAGCUCACGACUCAGGAUCUGGACUAACAUGACUGACAACACCACACAGUAAAUAACGAUCUGCACCACAAGAAGCUGAUCUCUGAUAUUUCUCCCUUCUCCCAGCCUCUAGAAACAAACAUCCAGGACCCCCUAGUAUCUUUCCGUUCAAUACUAAUACAUCUUGAACCUCACCUCAUCGUAAACUACCACACCUCAACCACCAACCUCAACUUCACACCAUCAAAAUACACCACCAACAAAAACCACCAACAAUGCUCACAACAACGCUCACCACCGCUCUCGCGGCCCUCCUCCUCCCUCUCUCCCAAGCAUCCCCCAUCGCCAUCCGCCAAGAAACCACCACCACAAAUCCAGAACAUCCCUCCUGCGCCACCACCUCCUUCAAGAACUUCUCCUGGGCCCUCUCCGCCUUCGACUACCACGCCUCCUACAUCUUCACCACCCCCGCCCACCAAAACUCGUGGGGCUACGUCAACUUCAACCUAUCCAACCCAGCCAUCGGGUCCUCGGUGACCACCGUCUGCAGCGCUUCAAGCAACCAGCUCUCCGAUUUCUUUUACGGGACUGUGCAGUACACUUGCACCAACACGCCCGGGGGUGUCAACAGUGAUGUGGGAAAUGUGGGCAAGACGACGUUCGAUUUCAGCAGGCCGUCGGGGGAGUUGAGGUUUAACCAGAGCUGGACUUGUCGGGAUCAGGAUCCUAAGUAUCCUACUACGUUCACUGGAUAUGCGGCUGUUAACCUCCAGUUGGAUUGCACCGACUCAACGUGGCAGAACCAGAACUGGACGCAGGGACAGAUUUAUUCGAUAAGGGAUGUGAAGUGCUCGCCUGUUGAUAUCAGUGUUGAUCCUAAGGAGAUGACUGCUGUGGCUUAAUCAUUCGUCGGAGCGAAGGGGGACGAGUGACUCUGUUGUUUGUUGGUAUGCUGGUUGUGAGAGUGGCCGGAGGGAGGUAAUGAGCGUGUUUUAUAGCAUUCUUAUGGUUUAUGAAAGGUUAUGAUGGCUAUGACUUGGGAGUAGAUGUUUAAUACGUAGUGCUUAAUGGUAACGCUAGGGAAGAAGCAUGCAAAAUUCCAAAUCAUUACACAAUUCUGGUC